AGGGGGCGGAGUUGGACAGCUGCGCCACCGUUGCCUAGGCGACGCCUUGGUUACUUCCGUCGAUCUCAAUGCUUCCGGGUUGGCGCUGCGGUGGCGUUUCCGACUGUGGGAGUCUCGGCUUCCCAGUCGUCUGAUGAGCCCGAGCAGCACCAGAAAAGUUCCACUGUAAGCCAUGAGAUGUCUGGUCUGAAUUGGAAACCCUUUGUAUAUGGCGGCCUUGCCUCUAUUGUUGCUGAGUUUGGAACUUUCCCUGUGGACCUUACUAAAACACGACUUCAAGUCCAAGGCCAAAGCAUCGAUGUCCGUUUCAAAGAGAUAAAAUAUAGAGGGAUGUUUCAUGCCCUGUUCCGAAUCUAUAAAGAAGAAGGUGUAUUGGCACUGUAUUCAGGAAUUGCUCCUGCUUUACUAAGACAGGCAUCGUAUGGCACCAUUAAAAUUGGGAUUUACCAAAGCCUGAAGCGAUUAUUUGUAGAACGUUUGGAAGAUGAAACUCUUCUAAUUAAUAUGAUUUGUGGGGUAGUGUCAGGAGUGAUAUCUUCUACUAUAGCCAAUCCCACUGAUGUUCUGAAGAUUCGAAUGCAGGCUCAAGGAAACUUGUUCCAAGGAAGCAUGAUUGGCAGCUUCAUUGAUAUAUACCAGCAAGAAGGUACCAGGGGUCUGUGGAGAGUGAGUGCUCUUUCCCU